AUGGCGUUCAGGGACAUGUUGGGGAAAACAAUGCUGGCAGACUAUCGAAGGAGAAUCAAGAAUGCACCGCGAGAGGUGAUACUGAGCCCAAUGCUGUUGCUGUCGUGCGCAAUGUACGCCACUGCAGCAAUUCCUUUGACUUGGGAUCAAGGAUCAGCAUCUACCUUGCCUUCUCUCGAGGGCUUCCAGCGACAAUUUGGUAUCAGCGCCACGGCUGGAGCGAAUUCGACCAGAAACUUUGUCUCUCUCGUGUAUAUCGGCGACGCUGUUGGGGCUGCUCUGUCGUUCUUCAUCAACGAUCGAGUUGGAAGACUGUGGUCUUUCAGACUAUAUUCCACUAUCUGGAUCAUUGGCCAGCUGGUGGCAACCUUUGCCCCUGGGCCAUCGGCCCUGUACGUGUCUCGAAUCAUUUCCGGUCUGGGGAUUGGAUCGCUGAGUGUUACGGGUACUGUGUCCAUUGUCGAAUUGGCCCCAUCAGAGAUUCGUGGUUUAUUGGCAGCAUGGUACACUGUGUUCAUGACACUAUCACUGAUGCUUGCUACAUUUUGCGCGUACGGUGUGCAACUCCACAUGGAGGCAAGUCGUCUACAAUAUCAGGUCGUGAUGUUCUCUCCGUGCGUGUUUAUGGCUCUCUGGAUCGUUGCCAGUUUCUUCCUCUGUGAGUCACCUCGCUGGCUAAUUCUGUCAAGCCGACAUGACGAGGCCGCGAGCACCUUGGUCAAGUUACGACGCUUGCCGCUGGAUCACGAUCGGGUUCAGCAAGAACUCCAAAGUCUCCAAGAGUCCAUCCAAUCAGAGAAAUCAGCUCAUGAUCCGAAUGACAAGUCGCCAUCCAAAAUCGUCAGUCUCGCAAAGGAGACAUUCACAGUCCCAUCGAAUCGUCGCCGAGUCCAACAAGCUCUUAUUUUAUACGCAGUCCCGCAGUUUUCAGGUGGUAACUCAAUCACGAGUUAUUUCAUUCCAAUCCUCAAGUUCGUUGGCUUGUCUGGCAGUUCGUCGAAAAAUCUGUUCCUCAAUGGAAUGUAUUCCAUGUCAAAGUUCUUCUUCGGUCUCUUUGGGUCGUUCCUAUUCAUUGACACAAUCGGUCGCCGUAACACGCUGUUCGUCGGUAUCAGUCUUCAAAUGAUCUCCGACAUAUAUCUCGCCGCAUACAUCAAGGUUGAAAAUGAUGGAUCUCCCCCGCAAGCCGCAGGCGAGGCGGCUCUCGCCUCCAUUUUCAUUCACUCCUUUGGAUUUACUAUUGGUCUUUUAACCCUUCCAUAUGUGUUUGGCGGCGAAUUAUGGCCCAACCGCAUUCGAUCCUUCGGUGCUGCUUUCACGCAAACUUGCCACUGGCUGUUCCACUACUCCAUGACAUUUGCAAUGCCAUCUCUGCUUUCGCGAACCGAUAAUUGGGGUGCCUUUGUAUUCUUUGCCUCGUGGUGCGCGGCCGCUCUUCUCUAUGUGUAUCUCCUCGUGCCCGAGGUCGCGGGACUUAGCGUCGAAGAGAUUGACGGUGUUUUCAAUGGACCCUGGAGACUCUUCGGCAGGCAAUCUACACUCCGAGACACCUAUCCGGUUAUCGAAGGUCGCGAGGUGAAUCAUAAAUGCGCUGAUACCGAGCAAGGCCCUCAUUCUGUGGCUAAAUCCGCCCAGGAAUCCGUCGAAGAGCUGUCGUGCUCAUCGUCUCACUAG